ACGCCCAUUGACAAUUUUGCCCUUUAUCAUAUUCUUCUUUAUCGACUACAGUCAUCAGCUCACUUCUUCCUUAAACCCCAGCUAACCGCCACCCGCCACUGCCCCCGGCCCCGCCCUCGCCGCGGCAUACUCCGCCGUGAUUUUAAAAUUGGAGUUAUCUAAGUAAAUUGACGGCAGAAGCCUCAAGCCAGAAUUCAUUCACGCACCGCACACACAGACCUUCAAAUUGGGAGCCAUAACCUCACGCCCGACGCCCCCAUUCGCCACUCGGCCGCGCUGCCCCCAGCUGAUGCUCGCCGUCGCCCGCCAAUAACACAGCAGUUUCAACCCGCCAACAGUUCUCGGUCUCCGCUGCGCCGCACCGCACCGUCGCCACUGCCGAAUUCAUUUUUUGAUUGCUCUUUCUUCAAAUAUUCUACAGAGGAAAUAAAAUGAAAACAUCUUGUGCAUAUGCACGAUGUACCUCUUUCACGAGACGGAAGGAACUUCUUUCCUCUUCAUGUUCACUGUCGGCGGCCCAGUUUACCGCAGUACCCCAACAUAAUGUAUUUCUUCCUCUUCCUGCUAGUAGGAAGCUGUGGCAACAUAUGCUGCUGCCUGCAGUAGCAGUGGCAAAGAAGGAUGUUAGAGGGAGUGUCAAUCAGGAGGAUGACACGGAGCCCAGUACAAGCGAGGGUAGUAGUGGAAAGUUUGCCAAAGGGUCAGGGACUACAGCAAGAGGGCGCCGUUUAUUGAAAAUUCGGGAGGAAAAGCGGAAACGUGAUCAGGAGCGUCUCCACAAUUAUCCUGCUUGGGCAAAGGUAUUGGAAGAUGCCUGUAGAAAUGAUUCCGAGCUUAGAGCUGUUCUUGGAGAUAGUAUUGGUAACCCUGACCUCAUGAGAAAGAGAGUUGAAGAAAGGGUUCGAACGAGGGGGAGAAAUAUCACAAAAUCUAAAUCCGGCUCUGUCCUUGCAUUCAAAGUUAGCUUUAGAGAUUUUAAUCCUCUUGAUUCAUACAUAUGGUUUGAGUUAUAUGGAUCCCCUUCUGAUCGAGAUGUUGACCUUCUUGGCAGUGUGAUUCAAUCAUGGUAUGUGAUGGGCCGUUUAGGUGCGUUUAACACAGCCAACUUACAGUUAGCAAACUCAUCGAUGGAGCAUGACCCUCUCUAUGACGCUGACAAGGGGUUCAAGGUGAUGCCUUCAUCGUUUCAUGAUAUAAGUGACGUUGAAUUCCAAGACAAUUGGGGCAGGGUCUGGGUGGACCUUGGCACGGCUGAUAUCUUUUCAAUCGACGUGCUUCUUAACUGCUUGACCGUAUUGAGCUCAGAAUAUUUGGGCAUACAACAGGUGGUUUUUGGGGGCCGGAGACUCGGGGACUGGGAAGAAGGGAUGACGAGCACUGAGUUUGGGUAUAAAUCCUUCAAAAUAUGAAUGAUUUUUUCUGCUACGAAGUAAGGCUGAUGUUUUAUUUCGAUAGUGAGCAGAGGUUUUCAUCUUCUUGUUAAAACCAUUGUUGUUGUUCGAGUUGAAUGUGAUGAUCUCUUUUCUAUCUUUCUCUAACUCAAAACAUAUUUCCUAAAUCAUAUCAUCAAUUCACUGUAAA